AUGGCUUGCUCCGCGCAGUCCAUGACCAUCGAGUCGUACCCCGAUAUCGCCGAUGUCGCCGCCUCCUCUUCGGCCACUCCUCAAGAGGAGACCUCGUUGCUACGGGACCGUAGACGCCGGCAUUCCUUUCACAAUGCCAGGAAGAACUCCUGCGAUUAUGACGGGGAUGCGGUUUACCUGAGGGUCGAACUCUUCCUCGCCGAGUUGGAACGCCGGAUGCACUGGAUCGAACAAUAUCGGAAGUCACACAUGGUUCAGAUUGAUGCCAGUCUCCGCAGGGGUUAUGCGACGCUCGAGGCUGUUAGGGAUUCUUGUUCCUAUGCUUCCGGAGAACUUAUGGGCAGCGGCAAAAAGAGAGCCAAGAUCCUGGUCGAGACUCUCGAGGGCCGCUACAAUGAAGCCCUGGCGACAAAAGAGACACUGGAGCAAAAGGCCCAGGCAGGCGUUCGUCUCAUGGAGUCGUUCUUGUCCGAACUGGAAUCGCGAGCCCAUGCGGUCCGGGAUCGUGGUAUCUAUGGUGCUAUCGAUGACGGCUGGAAGGCAAUGGACACGAAGUUGGGUGAAGUGGUCGAUGAAGGGAUGGAACGGGCUCGACGAGCGAAGGAUGCUAUGCGAGAGAGCAUCGAUCGUGCUAUCGAACUGGCGCAGCAGAAACGAUUGAUCGCCUACGCCGAUUUGCCUCACCCGUGGCGCAUCAACCCGCAUAUCCUCCAGGGUUAUCGAUUUAAUUCCUCCAAGGUGGAAUGCUUGACAUCAGUUUUCAGCUUUUCGAAUGAAAUGGUCAACAUUUGGUCGCACCUCAUCGGUCUGUUCAUCGUUCUGUCGGUGGCGUUCUACUUCUAUCCUCUGAACCCCAACUUCCACUUGAGCACCAAAACCGACGUGACCAUCGCCGCCGUCUUCUUCUUUGCGGCAUGCAAGUGCCUAGUCUGCAGUACCCUCUGGCACACUAUGAACAGCAUUGCCAACCAACCGCUCAUGGAGCGAUUCGCCUGUGUGGACUACACCGGGAUUUCCAUGCUGGUGGCGGCGUCGAUCGUGACCACGGAAUACACGGCUUUUUACUGUGAGCCCAUCUCCCGGUGGACAUACAUAAUUCUUACUAUGUGCCUUGGUGUUGGUGGUGUCGUUCUUCCCUGGCACCCGACAUUCAAUCGAGCAGAUCUCGCUUGGGCUCGCGUGGCAUUCUACGUCACCCUUGCUCUGACCGGCUUUGCUCCUUUGGCGCAAUUGACGUACACCAGAGGCUUUGCCUGGUGCUUAUAUUUCUACGCCCCGGUCGUAAAGAGCAUCCUAGUCUACUUCGCCGGUGCCUGCAUCUAUGCCUCACAAGUCCCGGAACGCUGGCGUCCUGGUUUGUUCGACUAUGUGGGCGGCAGCCAUAACAUCUGGCAUUUUGCAGUGCUCGGUGGAAUCCUGUUCCACUACUGUGCGAUGCAGGACCUCUUCGCUCAUGCCUUUGUGAGAGCCAAGGGAGAAUGCCCCAACCUGACCUCGUAA